AUGGACCGCUUUGCCCACUCUGGAACACAGACAGAUGCUGUGGUGGUGCUGUCUCUGGCCCAAGCAGCCGUCCUGGGCUUGGUGACUGAGAAUGAAUUUUUUGGUGCCACCGUCAGCCCCAGAGGUUUCUUCUCCAGCUUCACAGGCAGGCUCGACGGCAUGUCCAUGGUUGAGUUGAAGCAGCCAGAAAGCCAUUGCCCUCUGGAGAAUGAAGGCCAAGGUCACGCCGAGCCAGCGGAGGAGGAUGAAGCAGCAGAGGCUUCCUUUGGGAAACAUGCCCGGAGGAGGAAGCGCCCGCCUGUGAGGCUGGUGCCAAAAGUGAAGCCCGAGAAGGGCGAGUGGGGACAGGAAGACGGUGCUUACGAAGCAUCAGUAGCAAGUGAGGGCAAGGAGGAGCAGAUGGGCAGCCACCCUGUGAGCUUGGAGGAGUCCCCCUGUGAGCAGACGGUGCAGAGCAGCGCUACCAAGAUGAUAGAUCUCAGCACGUUCAACAGGAAGCCUCGACGCCUGCGGCACCUGCGGCAGCAAGCUCCAGAAGAGCUGUCCCUGGGUGGGUAUGAGGAGAGGCUCCCAAGCACCCCACAAGCCAGCCUGGACAGCACUCCAGGGAGUGCAGAGGCCUUCUCCAGUGACUGCGGCUUCCAGGCUGGUGCUCCUCCUCCCUUGAUCAAUCUGGAGCAUCCUGUGCCACACUCUCCUCCUGGGCAGGGCAAGAGCGAGCUGGGCUUUGUGUGGCAGGAGCCCCUGGACUUUGAGGCGGAGGCCCAUGGCGAGCACAGCAAGAAGGUUCAGUUGGACCGCCUGGACAUCAACGUCCAGAUAGACGACUCCUACCUGGUGGAGAAGCGUUGGCAGUGCCGCCUGUGCGAGAAGUCCUACACGUCCAAGUACAACCUGGUGACGCAUAUCCUGGGCCACAACGGCAUCAAGCCUCACUCCUGCCCGCACUGCAGCAAGCUCUUCAAGCAGCCCAGCCACCUGCAGACCCACCUGCUCACCCACCAGGGCACGCGGCCCCACAAGUGCCAGGUGUGCCACAAGGCCUUCACCCAGACCAGCCACCUCAAGCGCCACAUGCUGCUGCACUCCGACAUCAAGCCCUACAGCUGCCGCUUCUGUGGCCGCGGCUUCGCCUACCCCAGCGAGCUGAAGGCCCACGAGGGCAAGCACGAGAGCGGGCGCUGCCACGUCUGUGUGGAGUGCGGCCUGGACUUCUCCACCCUCACCCAGCUCAAGCGCCACCUGGCCACCCACCAGGGACCCACCCUCUACCCCUGCCCAGAGUGCAACAAGUCCUUCCAUUACCGCAGCCAGCUGCAGAACCACAUGCUCAAGCACCAGAACGUGCGGCCCUUCGUCUGCACCGAGUGUGGCAUGGAGUUCAGCCAGAUCCAUCACCUUAAGCAGCACUCGCUGACCCACAAGGUAGGCCGGGCAGCAGAGCACCAGCUUGAAGGGCAUGGGGGGGUGUUGGGUAACCGAAGCCUUUUCCCAUCUGUGGCUCUAAGGGCUUUUAUAGAGGAGUGUGUGUGUGUCUACCUGCAGUGCCCUGAAGGGGUACCCAAAGGGCUUCAACUUAGCUGGCUUGCUCUUUUUGUUGUCCUUGGUCACCACAGACCUGGAUUCUGAAAAAGAGGCCUUGCCACAAUUUGGGUUAAAACUGCUUCCAUAGGAGGGAGGGAGUGGGGAUCCAAAGUGCCCUGGUCUCUUCCCCCUUGCUCUGAAAUCCCCCAAACACUACUGAGUAUGAAAUCACCAUGGUUAGCACUGUCCUCCUUGACCAAGGUGGGAUUGGGUGGUACCUCUUGGCUGCAAUGAAGCCUUGUUACCUGCCUGCUGUUGUCUUCAGGGCGUGAAAGAGUUCAAGUGUGAAGUGUGCGGGAGAGAGUUCACGCUGCAGGCCAACAUGAAGCGCCACAUGCUGAUCCACACCAGUGUGCGCCCCUAUCAGUGCCACAUCUGCUUCAAGACCUUUGUGCAGAAGCAGACACUCAAGACCCACAUGAUCGUCCACUCGCCCGUCAAGCCCUUCAAGUGCAAGGUAGGUGGCGGAAGUUCAAAGAGCAGAAGCUGCUGCGGGUGGUGGAAUAUGAAGAGCCUGCUGCCAGUGCAAAGCGGAGUGGCAGAGCCUGCAAAGACAGGCCAGACUCAACUCCCAGAGGGGCAGUGGUCAUUUCCAGAACACACUUCCCACAUGAGCAACUGGAUGUCCACAUAUCCACCCUCCUCUCAAGCACAGCUUAGUCAUUCCGGUUUUGCCAGCUGCCUAGACUGAGCCCGGAAAUUAUUUUGCUGAGAGCUUUCAGAGCUGAGUGUGGAGCGGAUCCUGGUUCUUGGCUGUUGGCCUGGAAGGGGAACUGAGGUGGAUGUAAGCAGGUGAAUCCCAUCCCUGCUGCCCACAGUCCAAGCUGCCCCAGCCUCCGCCGACAGGUAAUCAUCUCCUUUUCCCACCCCACCUUCCGCAGGUGUGUGGGAAAUCCUUUAACCGCAUGUACAACCUCCUGGGCCACAUGCACUUGCACGCAGGCAGCAAACCCUUCAAGUGCCCUUACUGUUCCAGCAAGUUCAACCUGAAGGGCAACCUCAGCCGGCACAUGAAGGUCAAGCAUGGGGUGAUGGACAUCAGCCUGGACAGCCAAGGUAGGUGGGGUGGGGAGGGAGCUGGAGGGAUGGGUCUAAGGCAUCCUACCCCGCUUCGCCCCCAGAAGCCCUGAAAGGCAGAGGCAGCCUUCUCAUGCUGAAAGGCUGCACUGCAGCUCCCUCUGCAGGCUGUCUUGGCAUGCCGGCAAAGGAGGCUGUGGUGGCCAGUGCUGAAUCCACAUUGCCUGCCAUUGCAGCACUACCGCCCAGGUGCUGCUCACUUCUUGUCCUGUUGUCCCCUCAGAUCCCAUGCUGGAGCUGGCAGGUGAUCAUGCAGAGCUGGACGGACAGCAGGAGAUGGAAGACUACGAGGAGGAAAACUCGUAUGAUUAUGGGGUGGUGGGGAACCCUGCCAACGAGUCUUCCUUGACCGAACACGCCAUGAAGGAAAUGGCCUACUACAGCAUGUUGUAG